AUGAAUAAAAAGGAAUCCCACAUCAAGAAAAGAAAGCCCAGGGGGAAAGAAGAACUGGAAGAACUGAAGAAGGAAGUGACCCUUGAUGAUCACAAAUUGUCUCUUCAGGAACUCAGCCUUAAGUAUGAGGUGGAUCUCACCAAAGGACUGACCAGGGCACAGGCUGCCCAGACCUUGGAAAAGAAUGGCUUAAAUGCCCUCACUCCUCCACGAACCACGCCGGAGUGGGUCAAAUUUUGCAAGCAACUCUUCGGCGGGUUUUCCAUCUUACUGUGGAUCGGCGCGAUUCUUUGCUUUCUGGCGUACUGGGUGCAAAACAUGAUGGGUGCGAGAGUACAGAAGGACAACCUGUAUCUGGGCGCUGUGCUAUCCGGCGUGGUUAUCGUGACCGGGUGUUUCUCCUACUUUCAGGAAGCCAAAAGUUCCAAAAUCAUGGAAUCCUUCAAGCACAUGGUUCCACAGCAAGCUCUGGUCAUCCGGGAUGGUGAAAAGAUGCAGAUCAACGCUGAGGUUGUAGUUGUGGGAGAUCUGGUGGAGGUCAAAGGGGGCGAUCGGAUUCCUGCGGACUUAAGGAUCAUCUCUGCCACCGGUUGCAAAGUGGACAAUUCCUCUCUGACUGGUGAGUCGGAACCCCAGAGUCGUUCGGCCGAGUUUACCAACGAGAACCCCCUGGAGACCCAAAACAUCUGUUUCUUCUCCACGAAUUGUGUUGAAGGCACAGCUCGGGGCAUCGUCAUCUUGACAGGGGACUACACAGUCAUGGGUCGCAUUGCUUCACUGGCUUCCGGUUUGAGCGAACGCCCUACGCCGAUUGCCCGGGAAAUAGCGCAUUUUAUCCACAUCAUCACCGGAGUCGCCGUUUUCCUAGGAGUGACAUUCUUCAUCUUGGCCAUGAUUCUUGGGUACGACUGGCUGGAAGCCGUGGUCUUCCUGAUCGGUAUCAUCGUGGCAAAUGUCCCAGAAGGUUUGCUGGCCACUGUCACCGUCUGCCUAACCCUCACUGCCCAACGCAUGGCACGGAAGAACUGCCUGGUGAAAAACUUAGAAGCCGUAGAGACCCUGGGUUCCACCUCCACAAUCUGCUCGGACAAAACUGGAACGCUGACUCAGAACCGUAUGACCGUCGCCCACCUGUGGUUUGACAAUGAGAUCUAUGAAGCCAACAUCACUGAGAUUUAUGCUGGGGCCAUAUUUAACACACGCUCACCCACCUGGCUGGCCCUGGCCCACAUUGCAGGGUUGUGCAACAGGGCAGACUUCAAAGCUGACCAGGAGAACAUCCCUAUUGCUAAAAAGGAGACCACCGGAGACGCCUCCGAGUCGGCCCUCCUUAAGUGUAUCGAGCUGUCCUGGGGCUCCGUCAAGGAGAUGCGCGAGAAGAAUCCCAAAGUAGCCGAGAUCCCCUUCAACUCCACCAACAAGUACCAGCUCUCCAUCCAUGAAGCCGCAGACAAAUCCAAAGGUCAUCUCUUGGUGAUGAAGGGCGCUCCAGAGCGGAUCUUGGAAUGUUGCACCACCAUCCUGUUGCAAGGAAAAGAAGUGAUCCUGGACAAGAAGAUACAGGAAUCUUUUCUGAACACCUACAAUUAUCUCGGGGGGUUAGGCGAGAGAGUCCUCGGAUUCUGCCACUGCUACCUCCCCGACAAACAGUUUCCACAUGGCUUCAAGUUCGACACGGACAAACCUAACUUCCCCACCACCAAGCUGUGCUUUGUGGGGCUUAUCUCCAUGAUCGACCCACCUCGUGCUGCCGUGCCGGAUGCCGUUGGGAAGUGCCGCAGUGCUGGGAUUAAAGUGAUCAUGGUCACGGGCGACCACCCGAUCACUGCCAAAGCGAUUGCCAAAGGGGUCGGGAUCAUUUCUGAAGGCAGCGAGACGGUCGAAGACAUCGCAGCCCGGCUGGAGAUCCCAGUCAGCCAAGUCGAUCCCCGGGAAGCUGUGGCCUGCGUAGUUCACGGUUCCGAACUUAAGGAUAUGACCUCAGAACAACUGGACAAGAUUCUCUCGAGUCAUUCUGAGAUCGUCUUUGCUCGCACGUCCCCACAGCAGAAGCUGAUCAUCGUGGAAGGGUGUCAGAGGCAGGGGGCCAUCGUCGCUGUGACCGGAGAUGGGGUGAACGACUCCCCAGCCCUCAAGAAAGCCGACAUUGGCAUUGCCAUGGGCAUCACAGGUUCCGAUGUAUCCAAGCAGGCUGCCGACAUGAUCCUUCUGGAUGACAACUUCGCUUCCAUCGUGACGGGCGUGGAGGAAGGCCGCCUGAUCUUUGACAACCUGAAGAAGUCCAUUGCCUACACGCUGACCAGCAACAUUCCAGAGAUCUCCCCUUUCCUUCUGUUCAUCAUCUUCAACAUCCCGCUGCCCCUGGGCACCAUCACCAUUUUGUGCAUCGACCUGGGCACCGACAUGGUGCCCGCCAUCUCCCUGGCCUACGAGAAAGCCGAGAGUGACAUCAUGAAGAGGAAGCCGCGGAACGCCAAGACGGACAAGCUGGUGAACGAGCGCCUGAUCAGCAUGGCGUACGGACAGAUCGGUAUGAUGCAAGCCCUCGCCGGCUUCUUCACCUACUUCGUCAUCAUGGCCGAGAACGGGUUCCUGCCGUCCACCUUGCUGGGGAUCCGCCUGGAGUGGGACGACCAUUCCAUAAAUGACCUGGAAGACAGUUACGGCCAGCAGUGGACGUACCAGCAGCGGAAAGUGGUGGAGUUCACCUGUCACACCGCUUUCUUCAUCAGCAUCGUGGUCGUCCAGUGGGCUGACCUCAUCAUCUGCAAGACCAGGAAGCUGUCCCUUUUCCAUCAGGGCAUGAGGAAUGAGAUUAUGGUCUUCGGCCUGAUUGAAGAGACCACCUUGGCGGCCUUUCUCUCCUACUGCCCAGGAAUGGAGGUGGCUCUACGCAUGUACCCGCUCCGUGUGACGUGGUGGCUGUGUGCUGUCCCGUUCUCGGUGCUCAUUUUUGUCUACGAUGAAAUCCGCAAGUUUCUUCUGCGACGUUAUCCGGGGGGCUGGGUUGAGCGGGAAACUUACUACUGA